AUGGAAACACUUCGACUUCAUGCCCCGAUCCCGGGCACCCAGCUGCACGAGACACCAUAUCCAUCCUGCCACAUAGGCUCAUUCGAGACCCCCGCCGGCGUCCGCAUCGCCGCCCUCGCCCACACGCUCCAUCUCAAUGAAACCGUCUUUCCAAACGCAACCGUAUGGGACCACACGAGUUGGCUUCGGUCCUACGACCAUGCCAUGAAAAGUAUGCACCGACAGUUCUGGGCGUUCAGUAGCGGCGGUCGAAUGUGCCUUGGCUCCAACUUUGCUCUUCAAGAAACGAAGCUCAUAGCCGCCGCCGUCUAUUCUCACUUCGAAACGACCAUUGUGAGCGACGAAGGGAUCGAGAAAUCCGAUGGCUAUUCUGCACAACCGACAGGGAAUGCCCUAUUCUUGCGCCUUACACCUGUCGAGGACGGACGGGUAUUUUGA